CGAGGCUGGAGAGCGCUCCAGUUUCUGCACCCACGGGAUGGCCUCAGCGCAGAGCCAGCUAUACAUUGCCGAGCGCGUGGAAAUCCAUAAAUCCUGCAAAUCCCUGGAGACUCUCCUGAAUGUCCUGAACGAUUACUGCGAAGCGGCUGGUGCGGUGGUGAUUCUGCAGAAGAAGCUGGUGAAGGCAUUGAGAGAUACUGCCAACGCCAAGGUCACGAACGAUAUAGCUUCCAAUGCGCUCAAUGCGAGUGCGAACAUCUUUGACGCACUUUCUGAGAUUGACUCCAAGUUCGCCAAAAUUGCGGACAAAGAGUAUGACGGGAUCAGCACCGAGGUGAAGAAGUGGUUCAAGAAACUUGCGAAAGAGGAGAAAGCCCACGACGAUCGCAUCACCAAUGCCAACGCGAGGAUAAAGCAAGCUGGUCAGGUAUAUGAGAAGAAAUCGAAGAAGAAUCCCCGUGAAGCCGCUGAGGAGCAUGCGCGGUAUAUGAAUCUCAUCAGUACUCUUGGACCCGAAAUAUCGCAAGAGAAAUACAACCACGCCUUUGAAGUCACCCAGAGACACACGAUUGCGACAUACUCGGUUGCUGCAUGUGCUUCCCGAGUCGCUGAUGCAGAAUGGCUGCGGACUUGCGAAGGAGUGCGGCGGUUUUCGCCCACGAUCGGUCCGUUGGGGGAAUGGCGUGCGUUAUGCGAGGGAGGCUGGACUGGGGAGACACCCCCGGAUCUGAUAGACCCAUAUCCCGACGAUCUACUAGCCAACCCUGAACCGGAAAGUGUGACCAGGAUGCGCAACGUCGAUCGCUCAGAGGCACCAGUCCCAUCGGCCAUGGCUGAGCGGGGGCAGACUCCAUCCCCAAUCAUUCCACGGCCGACACUCGCCCAUCUCCAGCACGCACCGCCUUCGUCAUUUGACCCGCCUCGACCGUUGGUUGAUCCGUAUUCCGGUUCGGUCAGGUCUCUUUCGGCGUUCCCCUCUCCUCCGACGCAUUUCCCUAUCCCACCUCGACAGCCGCAGUCUCAACAAGCGUCUACUUCUUCAUCGAGCUCUAAUGCCAAUUUCCCUGCUCCCAGCCCCGUGCUCGAGCUUGAACGACAAGCGGAAGAGCCGGGUUCUAUGCCUCCUUCGCCGAGUGACACAGAGGCCCAGGCAGCUGUCCAGACUCCGCUCGCUGCAGAUGCCAAGCUUGUUAGCGACCUGAAGCCCAUUCCUGAAGGCGCUGACGCUCCACAAAAUGUGGACAUCUCGACUACGCGACAGAUUGAAAUUCAGCGGCCCGUUCCUGUGCGAUCGCAGACUGCGCUGCCAAAUCUGGAGCGGAUAUCGUCGCCGGUUACAUCCGGAUCGGUCACCCCGAAAGCUUAUGCAACUGCCAGAGGAGACUACCUCCCUCCGGGAGACGAGCGUCAAGAUACACUGCGCUCACUCCCGGGUUUGCAGAGAAGCGACACGGGUCUCAGUUCGGGGAGCGCUGCUAACUCGAUCCGAAACCGAUAUACUACGACAUCCGGUGCGACUUCGCCACCCCCGAAGGAUAUGCCUCGCCUGCCGUUGAGCGUCAGCGAUCUGGCCACGCGCUAUCAGUCCGUCGAGUCUGCACCUGGGUCUCCGAAAUCGGCACUGCCCCCGACACCUACACGGCAAGCAGUCAGAUCACCAGGUCCAUCAUCCCGAGCUGCUGCCGAGGAGGAAGCCAUGCGCCGAAGGACUCAGUUGGAGCGCGAGUUUGCGGCAAAAGAAAGGGAGAUUGCCCUCAAGGCGCAGGAGCUAGAAAUGGAACGGGCCCAGCUGCGCAAUCUGCAGCCCAGAGAGCGUAGAGAAAGCGAGUCCAGUGUGUCGAGUCCCAAACUGCGGCCGCGUGAACGAAAGACGUCGUUCAGGAACUCACCUCUACCUCGGCCACAUUCGCAAAUGGAAACCCGCCAGCCAUCAGGCCAACUUGGCGCAGGGCACGCCCAUUCCUACAGCACGACCCAUCUUGUUCCGCCUGUGGGCCCCCAGUCGCCGUCAUCGCCCCGCUCGUCGACCUCUUCGGCAGACGGUGGGAUCAACGGACACGCCCCCUCGUGUGGGUGCGAAAAGUGUUCGAUCGUGCACUACAAGUCCCCGUCAGGACGGACGGUGUCACCUUACGACUUGCGCCCGCCCGAGAAACCGUUCGCUCUCCGGCCUGAAAAGCCCAAGGGCUGGAUCCGACGCCUGAGCAUGCCGGUGACCGCGUUUACCUCUGACAAGAAAAAUGUGGUUUCGUCUCCGAAGAUGUAUUCCCUCGAUGCAAGCAAGCGCAGCAGUGCCACUGCUCUGAGGGGGGUGGACGAGCUCGGAAUCUCCCGACGUAGCUACGAUGCUAGUGCCAUUAGCAACCGGAGCGUCACGAGUUUGGUAGGGGGGCUUCGACGGUGAGGACGACUGUAUUGAAGUAAUGCUGCCAUCUAUAAUAUCUUACUGUAAACGUACACACUCUCGCUCACGAAUAUCAUGAUCGUUUUAUGCCCAUUGUCACGCCGUGACCCUGUCUUUACACCCUGUAUUGAAUAUCACGGACGGCAUAAUCUAUUCAUUUUGAACACCCAUAUUGAUCUCGUUGGGCGCCUCUGAGAAUCGAUUAGAGCUUCUUUGACGCCCCUGGCUGUUAAACACACACGCCCGUGUCAAAGUGGGACGACUUUGUUGGGCCUGCAUCUGGACCGUCAUGGGCAAGUUCACGGAACCUAUCAACGGUAACGCCACUGCCGGGCAAUCCGACGAUGCCCUCCAAGACCAGACGAUCGUACAAACGCGCGGGUAUCAGCAAGAGAUGCUUGAAGAGAGUCUCAGACGCAAUGUGAUCAUCGCGCUGGGAACGGGGGCAGGGAAGACACACAUCGCCGUGCUCAGGAUGAAGAUCGCGAUCGAACGCGAACCCAAGAAGGUUGCAUGGUUCAUGGCUCCAACGGUUGCGUUGUGUGAACAGCAAUACCGUGUCAUUCGAGAAUGCAUCCCCGCGCCAGUAGCCUAUGUGACCGGUUCGAAUGAACCCGAGCAGUGGAAAGACGCUCAACUCUGGGAGUCCAUCAUCAGCACGCAUAGAGUCGUGGUGACGACACCCCAGAUCCUGCUCGAUGCGCUGUACCACGCGUUCAUCAUUCUAGGGCGAGAUAUCAGUCUCCUAGUCUUCGAUGAGGCGCAUCAUGCAGUAUCCCAGCAUCCGUAUAACCAGAUCAUGGGCACGUUCUAUGCUAAUUGUCUCGAGGCCACUAAACCAACGGUUAUGGGGCUGACUGCGAGCCCGAUUUACGGCGGGAACGUCGCGCAAUCGCUGAGGGCGAUCGAGCACAACCUGCGCAGUACCGUCUGCGCUCCUCGCGAAAACAAAGAAGAGCUGGCGCGUCACGUUUAUCGACCAGUCUUCAAGCAUGUGCUAUACCACUACGUGCCGGACAACUUUUCGACAAAUCUGGCCGCGUUUGAUACGGUUUACGACGCGAUGGACAUUGAGAAUGAUCCCUAUGUCAUUUCUCUGCGCGGAAAACUGGGUCGGAUGACGCGAGGGACGCCGGACUACCAGCGGACUGAUCAGCAACUGUCGAAGGCCAAGUCGAAGAAAAAGACCUUCGCGCACGACAACAUGAAAGAUAUUUCGACUAUCGGCGCAGCUUUAUGCCAGGAUAUCGGGCCAUGGGCUGCCGACUGGUAUGUUUUCCAGGCGGUGGACCAGGCCCUGGGGACGGUCGCCACUCCGUUCGGCGGUGGAUACAACAAGGACAAGCAAUAUCUUCUUGAUCUCCUCAACCAGGUUGUUCUGUCCCCUGUUUCUUAUGGCGACAUUGACAUUCUCGAAGAAUCGUCCGAAAAAGUACGGGCGCUAGUCGACUGCUUGCUGGCUGAGAAAGCCGAAGCCGAGUCGCACAAUCAGGUGUUCAGCGGCCUGAUCUUUGUUGAGCGCAGAGAAGCUGUGCUGGCCCUGGCGGAACUGCUUUCACAUCAUCCGGCGACGCGGGAUCUGUUCCAAGUGGGGUGUCUCGUCGGAGGCUCGGACACGACAUACCACAAUCUCGUCGUUGACAUCACCAAGCCGCUCAGCAAAGCGCAGUCGGCGACACUGUCUCAUUUCCGUGCGGGGACCAAGAAUCUGAUCAUCUCGACAUCGGUCGCUGAGGAGGGAAUCGACAUCCAGGCUUGUGGGUGUGUGAUCCGAUGGGAUCCCCCACGGAAUAUGGCGAGCUGGGCGCAGAGCCGUGGCCGGGCGAGGCGCGAGCGGAGCACAUUCACGUUGAUGUUUGCAGAGGACGGGACCGACCGUGCUUCUGUGAGAGAAUGGGAGAUCCUUGAGCAAGAGAUGAUAGCCCAAUAUGACGAUCCGUCGAGACAAGCUGGACGUGUUGCCGCAGUAAGCAAUGACGACGACGACGACGACGACGAGAUGCUGGAGUUCAGGAUUGAGAGCACUGGUGCUGUGCUCGAUUUGAACUCAGCGAUACCCCAUCUGAACUACUUUUGUGCGGUGAUACCCAAUGCUAGUCACGCAGACUUCAAGCCCAUAUACGACCUGGAUCCGCCAGAAUUCCCUGAAGGCUGGCACUCGUUUGCAAAGCAUUCCACCUCCACCGCGAUCGAAUCUUACCCCGGCCCAUUUGGCGCCCACCUUACGCUUCCCAGACUCCUCCCUGCCCAUCUCAGAGAGUUCGACACUCCGCGGAUCCACAGUUCCAAGCUGUCCGCCUACCGUCACGUGGCAUUCCAGGCAUACCGGACCCUGUACGAAAACGGGCUGCUGAACGACUCGCUGCUGCCGUUGACCAGUGUCGUGGAGCCAGAGUUGGAGGACGAGGUCAAGGAGAUCCUGAAGGAAGUCGAGCGCCGUGCUGGCUUCGCCAAAGUCUCGGUCCAGAUGAACCCAUGGACAGGGGACGAUCCCCAAGUCUGGCACGCCGCGGCUUUGACAAUCGAGGGACUGAACCCGAUCCUACUUUUAACGCACACGAAAGCGGUUGAAAUCGCCGCCGAUGAGGCAAUUCAACUACACCGAUCUGGUCGCACGGACUACGUGACCAUCGAGCCCCUCGAGUUCCAAGUGACGCCUGCGAUCAUUGCCCGGGCCCGUGAUUACACGCGCCGGCUGUUCUGGUCGUUCAGUGCCUCGCGCAUGGACUGGAACGACCUCGAUUUCUGCUACCUCUUUCUUCCGGACGAAUAUGACGAGGACGAGUUCAUAUGGAACGAUCGCCGUUGGUGGCAAGCGCAGCAGCUGGCAUCCGGUGCAGUCACCGCAGACCCCGGGCCGUUCCUGGCGAAUGCCCUCUCGUUUGGCCAGUUCUACUCGUACCCAUCAGAUUUGGCGCUGGUCCGCGACGGACCGAAGCUGGCGAAGAUGUUCCAGUUCGUGCGGUGGCGGUUCGCCGAUGAUCCGCUUUCUGCCGAGGAGGAACUGGAAAUGCGCGCCUCGCUGGAAAAACGAUUUGGGAUCGAGGAUGUCCCGCAGAUCACAUAUCCGCUGCUCGAAGUGCAGGCUCUGCUGCCCCGGACCAACUUCCUGACGCCGUCCCAAGGAUCAGGGACACCCCGGCAAACGAUGCAUCUGCUCCCGCGACUGUCUUAUGUGAUGCUGUGUUCCAGGACAGAAACUGAAUAUUCGCUGCUGUUGCCGUGCAUCUUGCGCUCGUUGGAUCUCACACUGACUGUAGAAUCGAUCAAAGAGACACUCUUUUCGGGCACGCGAAUUGCGGGGGUGCCUCGGAAUCUGCUGACGGAAGCACUGUGUGCACCGACUGCCCAAGAACAGGUCAAUUAUCAGCGCAUGGAAACAUUGGGUGACACGGUGCUCAAAUUCAUGGCCUCGAUCCAGCUUCUUGCCGAGUAUCCAUUGUGGCACGAAGGAUAUCUCACACAGAAAAUGGGGCAUUCAGUAUCAAAUGUUCGAUUGGCCAAAGCGAAUCUGCAGCACGAGCUGUUCAAGUGGAUCAUCCGAGAUCGACUGCUGGGCAGAAAGUGGAAGCCUCGCUAUUUCUCAACGGACGUCGCCCAGAUGGAUGUGCAGGACACCCCUGUCAUGAAAAAUGGUCCGCCAGCGAGGAAAAAGAAGGAGAAGAAGAACAGCGGCGAGCUUUCUACCAAAGGCAAGUGGCUGCUGGCAGACUGUAUCGAGUCGCUGAUCGGCGCAGUGUAUCUGCACGGUGGUUUCGACUACGCGCUGGAAUGUGCGAGCUUUUUCGACCUGAACAUCAAAUGGGAGCCAUUGCCGCAACGCAUCGAGACUCUGCUGAGUCGGGUCGAGACCGCAACCGAGCUUCCCAAACAAGUGGACUAUGUGGAGCAGAUGCUGGGAUACACCUUUGAACGCAAGCUGCUGGUCGUGGAGGCCCUGACGCACGCGAGCUAUCAGCAGGACCUGCGCACCGUAUCGUACGAACGCCUCGAGUUUUGCGGAGACGCCGUGCUCGACAUGAUUGUGGGCGAGUACUUGUUCCGAGCAGAGGGCAAAAACUACUCUCCCGGGCACAUGUUCCUACGCAAAUCGGCGAUGGUCAACGCACACAUCCUCGCCUUCAUCUGCCUGGGCACCCAUCUCGAAGUGACCAGCGCCAUGCCGCAUUUGUCUGGCUCGCGCUCCGAUCGCAGGACUGCCCGCACUCUGACGAUGCAGCAACACUCGCGCUCGGUCUAUCUCUAUCAGUGCCUGCUGCACACGAACCCGAAAAUCAUGGACGACCAGCAGGCGGCCUUUGUCCGCUUCCAGCAGCAUCGGGCCGAGAUCGAGGAGGCGUUGGCGAGCAACGACGUGGGCGCGCCUUUCCCGUGGACGGCGCUGUUCCGGAUGCAGGCGCCCAAGUUCCUGAGCGACAUGAUCGAGAGUCUCGUCGGCGCAGUUUUCCUCGACUCGCAGGGGGAUCUGGACGUCGUGCGCGGGGUCUUGCGCAAACUCGGGCACCUGCAGAUCCUCGAGCACGUCGUCGAGCGGGACAUGGAUGUCCAGCAUCCCGUUUCGCGGCUGGCGAUGUGGGCGAGCAAGAAAGCCAAGAAUGUCGCGUACGAGUUCUUGACCGAGAAGGGCCAGAUCAGCUGUGCGGUGUCCAUCGACGGCGCGGUCAUCGAAGAGACGCGCGCCACCGACAACUACAAAGGAAGAUCUACCAAAGACGAAGUCAGACUGGUCGCCGCGGACAGAGCCGUCAAGUUUUUCCGGCUGCGGCUGGCGAACGACUCGGCGAAAGCAGAUUCCAAAAAGAGGAAGCAUACAGACUCGAUGUUCUAA